AUGAAAGCAGACGCCAACUUGAAGCUAGUGAGCGACACGCUUGAAAACCUUGCAAGAACUGCAGACCAGAUCACCGAAACGCUAUCGGAAGAAGAGCAAAGGCAAAUCGAGGAAUACAUGGCGAGGACUCAUGAACUUUUCGAAAAGGCAUACCCUCUGGCUGAUAGACUUGAAGCAGGGCUGGCGGGAAUAGGAGCGCGAAGCGAAUCAUCUACAGAGAUGAAAUGCGCAAAGGUGGAGUUACCCACCAUCCCUAUACCUAUCUUUAGUGGGAAAAUCAGCAAAUUUGGAAUUUUCUUAGCACUAUUCAAUGCGAGUCUUCAUAGCCAGAGGUUUACGAAUCUGCAGAAGUUCAACCAUUUGUUGCAGAGCCUAAAGGGCGAGGCAAAAGAAGCAAUACGGCGAUAUGCCGUAUCGGAUGAGAACUAA